AUGACCGGAGUCACUCAGCUGACCUUUGCUUUCUGGGCGCCUUCCACUUGUGGAACUAGUAGACCUUCGGGCAGUGGAGGCAGCCUGAGUACAGUCCCGCGCAAGUUCCGCGGCGUCAACUCCAAAGACCCCAUCCCGCGAGAGCUCCCGUGUUCAUUGGGUUUGAUCUGCGACGGAGAGACAGGCACGAAUCGCCUCGCCUUGCCUCGCCUCGACCACCGCAUGUACGCCACCUCCUUGGGCUGGCUCUGUGAUCUGUGGACGGGCAUGUCGGCCGACACCGAACCACAUCCUACUGCAUACGUGCUCCAAUUGCGGCGGAAGGCUGCGAUCAUCAUGAACUGUGCCUUAGUACGCCGGCCAUCGCACGCUGUCGGCCUCGAACGGGACAGGACUCCAGGGUUUCGAAGCCGGUGCGGUCACACGUGUUUGUACCGAGACCACUCGCAAUCCUUGGGCGUCCGGAGGAUUAGGAGCGGAGACCGCUACGCCUGGACCUCCGGGCCACAGCUAGGCCAUUUCAUCCUUGGGAGUUCUUCCGAACAUGUCGGACCCAUAUGCUACCUGGACUUCACGAUUCUCAACAGCUCGCAAGGCAUCCACAAUCAUAUGGGCCUCAGCGGGCGGAACGGACAAAGAGAUCUAUCUCCCGGUCUCUCCCGUGACCAUGCUGUGACACGACUCGAUUUACCCGCAUGCGUGGGUCCGAAGAAUCAGCCCCGUGCUGGUGGAGCGAGCACCACUUCGGUGGGGCGACGCUCUCCCUCGGAGCCGGGCUACGAAGCGAUCGAGAACGGCGUUGAUUGCCUGAGAGAAGACGACGCCGCAGUUCGCGACCGCAACGCGACGACUCAACUCUGCGGAUUGAGGCGUAGCCUCCGAGACACCACCAGUGCCGCUUGGCGCUACGUCAAGGGGGGUGUUCAACUCAUGAUAGACCAGGCUAUUGCCGCAGUACCACCUGCGAGAGAUAGGGGCGCAGCCUUGUCUAGCGUCGUGUCUCGGGACCCGCCUUGACGCUGACCUCUAAAGGAGACAAGACAAGCGGAAUAUACAAGAAUGGAACGGAUACCUGGAUGUGUGAACCUUUCAUGCUUGCAUUGAUACUGUAGCCAAGGAUAUGAGACCGUUGGCCGAACAACGGUCGGUCACGUCUACGUCGCAAGCGAGACGGCAUGUUGCAUAAUUGACAGGCCUUAGUCCACGAGACGGGCCUCGUCGUGUCAAUAGCACAUUCUUCACUUGGUUCACCGCCAGACAGAUGGUGGCAAACCAUGCAACCCAGCUUCUUCUCACAAUCGAUUGAUGAACACUGCGAGCGGCGAUUGCUGCUGCUAUGCACCCUGUCCAUGCAAUUUUCUCCUAUUGGUUACGCAGUGGGGAUCUACGGCUCACCUAAGCCGAGUACCGCAGGAAUCCUUGGUCCGUGCGAAGGUCUGGUGGAUCCGAUCCGACUCGAAUUGACAGUCCAUGCAUGCAGGAACAUA